CCUAUAAACAGUCCAUAUUAAUAUAUAUAUUCGGAUUUCAAGUUUGUUUAUUACUUAAAAACUGUAAAGUCGGACUUUUUCAAAAUAUACUGUGUUAAAGAUAUAUUGACAAACAACUACAUGGAUUUAAAAAUCUUUAUUUCUAUAAUAGUGUGGCAAGCCUUUUCAGGUGAUGUGCAUUGUGUCAGCUUACAAAAACACAUAUUUGAUUUUAUAUUUACGAAUUAUGACAGUGGACUCAGACCAGUGUGUGUAGGAGCACCACAAGUAAAUCUAAAAAUCGGAGUAGCAGUUCGACAAAUGAUAGAUUUGGACGAACCAAAUCAGAGAAUGAAGAUAAACUUGUGGAUCCGAUUGAAAUGGAACGAUUGUUCGUUGCAAUGGAAGCCAAGUGAAUUUAAUAAUACAGAUUAUAUUGUUGUGCCCAUCUCAAGAAUUUGGAUUCCAGAUUUGACCCUUUAUGACAGUCUUACCACAGGGAUGUAUGGGAUGGAUAAGUAUAGAGCACUUGUUUACUCAGAUGGUUCUAUUCAUUACAAUUUCCCUACUAUUAUUGAAGUGAUUUGUCCGAUUGACGUCACGAGCUUUCCAUUUGACACUCAAAUUUGUUCUUUAAAAUUUGGUUCGUGGGUGUAUCAUGGACAUCAACUAGAUAUACAACCAAGUGAGAGUCCGAUAGAUUUAUCAUCUAUGAAAUCGAAUGUGGAAUGGCUUAUUCCAAAGAUUGAAGUUGAAAAGAAUGUGGUAAUGUACGGAUGCUGUCCGGAACCCUAUCCAGAUGUUACAUUUUAUAUCCAUAUAGAACGUAAACCAGCAUAUUAUGUAACGAAUAUCAUAAUACCAUCCAUCAUGAUAACAUCUAUUGGUGUUCUGUGUUUUUUACUUCCUGUGGACUCCGGAGAAAAGGCAUCGUUAGUUAUCAUGAUCACACUUGCCAUGUCAGUAUUUCAGUUACUUGUAGCAGAUAAGCUUCCCCCAUCAGCCGAAGCAACACCUUGGAUUAUGUUCUUUUUCAACUUUAUACUUGGCAUGUCAGCUAUUACCACUACAAUACAGGUAGCUGUCAUCAAUAUCUACUACCGUGGAGAAAAACAAGUACCAGAAUGGAUUAAAAAAGGAAUCAUUGUACCACUGUGCCUGAUGAUGUUCGUUAAAAUUCCUGGAAAUCCUUCAUCAACAUGCUGUAAUGAGGAGAAUGUUUGGGAUUUAGUCAAGGACAUCGAAGAAAGUACAAACACAGAACUCUGGAAAAGUUUAUCUGUAGUUAUUGACAGACUUGGAAUAUUGAUAUUUUCUAUCACUUUAAUUUCUGGUUGUUUUAUUGUAUAUUCAGUCAAGUAAAUGGUGUUAUACCUG